UUCGCAUCCCUAUUCUCUAUAGCGCGUAGUCCGCGGCCAGAGCUCGUAAACCGCGCCCGUGUUUAUACAUUUUUUGCAUUUUCAAAUAUAAAUGAGUAAAAUUCACCUCAUAGUGACAGUGUGGCAAUAGGUGCAGGGGAUUUUGACACAUGUGGCACAAGGGAAUACGGUUCGACACAGCGUGGCAUAAGCCUGGGUAGUUCGUUUCCCUUUGUGCGACGAAAUGAUAGGGUUCUCUGUUGGCAUGUGACGCGGGCGUGUGAGCGGCAUGCGGGCCGGGCGCUCGAGGCGGGCGGCGCUCGCCGCGCUCGCGGCGCUGCUCGCGCUCGGGCCCUGCUCGGCCGAGCUCGAAGUUACCACCUCCGCUGCGUUUGAUCCAUCAAAGCGCGGCGCCAUGAUGUACGGGGACACGUGCUCCACGGUGCUGGACUGCGGGUUCGCGGGGUCGGUGUGCGACCAGGUGCUGAAGACCUGCCGCUGCCACCCUGACCACCAGGCCACCAACCACGUCGACAAGUGUGGCAAACCGGCUAACAUCAACGAAACUUGCUCAUUUAACGAACAAUGCGACGAGGCUGUGCGGAUGACUGAGUGCAGGAACGAGCGGUGCGUGUGUCUCUACGAAAUGGUCGCUGAACUGAGCGUCGACGGAGGGUUCGUCUGUAACCCGGUAAAGCAGAUCGAUGAACCUAUAAGGACUUUGGACCCGGCGAUGAUCGGAGUGUUGGUCGGCAUGGCCUUGAUGUUCGUCAUUAUAUGCGUCGUGCUCCGUUUGUUUAGCAAAGCGAGAUGGAGGGAGAACCGUACAAUCUUCAACACGCCCAACCCUCGCCUCAUGAACGUGUCGUUGCUGCGAGAUUCUAAGCUUCUGCAUUCUCAGGAUCGUCGUGGAUCUCGCGUAAGCAUGCGUCCACCAUCAAGGCAGGCGAGUCAACAGGAGCUGAGACCACAUUCUCCGAGCCCUGCACGACCCCACCAAAGCCAUCAGAUACACCGAAAACCUUCAGGAUCAAGGCGUGGAUCGAGAGCAAGUAGUGGCCAUUCUGCGACAUCCUUGAGAUCUGCUACAUUAAGAUCUCCCACAGCACAAGGACCAACAUCAGUGACUGUUGAAAUACGUGCUCCUGAGUCUUAGGCGCUAGCUUAAGCGAUAGUUCCAACAAAAAGUGACAAAUCGUCAACCAAAAUAUAUAUUUAAGUAUAAUAAAAAGAGACAAAUGCUUUGGGUAAAAUUAAAGAUUAAGGCAAAGAAAUGUAUAAAAUCAUUUUUAAAAAUAAAACGUGACUGGAAAAUCCACGCAUUGUUAUGAAACAAAUUUCAGUCCAACAGCUUACAAUGUUUGUGAUAAACUUCGACAUUAUAUUAAGCUUAUAUUAAAAAAUACAAAAAUUAAGACUUUUUGCCAUUUAUAUAGCAAUAAGUUUGUGCACUCUUGUAUGUGUAUUAAAUUAUCUUCAGCCACAUAAGAAGUGCCUCUAAUUGAAAUGCGUGAAAUUUGUCAGUCAUACAUUAAUAUAUAAGUGAGUAAAUUAAAAGAAAUAAUAAUAAUAUAUUAAACACAAUAGAUUUAUAAUAACAGUUUAUCUACAGAUAGUCUUUACUCUUGAUUCAAAAAUUAGACACGAUUUAUAUUAUAAUUAUAAGUAUAGAGCACUUAAAUUCAACGAUAUUCUUAGAGUUAUAUGAAUUAGAAUAUGAAAUAAAAAAACGAGUGAAGAAUUUUAGCUUUUUUGGCAAUGGAUAAUGCUUUUCAGCAUUUCGUAGGUCGAUAGUUUAAAGUCUAGUUUUAAACUAAGUUUUAGAGCGUUAAUUAAUUGGUCUUCUUUUUUCGAAUAUCCUUGUAAGAGUGCUAGAUUUGUGAUUCCCUGCCUUAGAUGUUUAAUUACGAGUAGGUCACAGUUCUAAAGUAAGCGAAACAAUUAGAUCUAAAACUUAUUUACGGGGACCACCUCCUUCGACGGGAGUGUUCUGAAUUUUUGAUUUAGGAUGGAUGAAAAAUUAAAUAAUUAAUAGAUGGAAAGCUUCGAUGCCGCUUUGAGUACAUUUAAGACUUUCGAAUAUUAGCUUUAAUCCGAAUGAAGGUUAGCUUUUCGUAAUACCAUUUCUAUGAGAGAGAGUUGUGAAUCGAUUUUAAGGUUUCUUUCGUUUGUUUCCUUAGUGUUUCCUUACUAAUGUAAAGUGAUGUGUAAAAUCGGGGAAAUUUACACACAUUAGUGGUAAGGCUUCUCUGCACUGUUGAAGCUUAGACCAACGAACUUCGCGGAAUGCGCACAAGCGUGUAAUUAGAAGAUCUAUUACGUAAUAACUUGUAAUCUUUCAUUAAAAGCAUAUUAAUUAAAAAAAAAUCAUCGUCAUUUUAGUACGGGUCGCACAGCAAUUAGGGGAAGAAUUGAUGUAUGAUCCGUACGUAUACAGUAAAUCACUCCCAUCUUCGGAUAAUGCAAGUCGUAAAUACGAAGAAGUAAGCUAUUUGUAUUUUUAAAAUGAAUAACUAUGCUCACAAUCUGAUAUUAUAUAUUUCGAACACUGUGCUAGUUUAUAUAUCUAUUAAAAAUGCUGUAAUUUACUUAUAUGAACUUUUAUUAUAACUUAUACUUCUGAG